CCCCCCCCCCCCCGUGAGACGCCGCUUCACGGUUAUCCCGAUUCUGCCCCUCUUCCUAGCUACAUCCCCAAUCGCUGCCUCCUCGUCGAAUAUCGGCAGCUCUGGAGGUUCUUUUAUCUUCCACUGAGCAAUGUCGUCCAAUGCUGGUCAGACUCCAACUUCUUCCAAGGCGGUGAACGUCGUGAAUCAGCUUGUCUCUUCGUCAUUCCACUCAACCCCGGCUGUUGAUAGUGGUUACCAGCGACGCGUGGGGGGAUCUGGGAGCUUUGGAGCAGGAUUUGUGUCGAGGAAUAUCAGUUCUCCUCGGAAUAAUCAAGCUCGAAAGAGUCAGGAUAAGCGACAAAGGCGUCCCCGAUUAUUAGAUGAUGAUCUCGCUGAAUCGGCUAUCAUGAGGUCAACAACAAGUCGCAAGGGACAGACGUCCAUCACCCAUUUGAUGAACUUUUCCCUCCCUCCUCGUCCGGAAUAUCACCCCCCGCCGCGCAAUACUCGUCGAUAUGCCUCAUGGGGGCUUGGUUCUGGAUAUCAUGCGAUGGAUAAAGCCCGAUACGUGCAUGCUAACUAUCGUUUUAUUGUGACGCCAAAUCAGGCUUAUCACGCCCAGGCGGCAAAUGCAGAUGUCCAUCUGGAUUGGGACUCAGUCCUUCAAGUGCUUGUGUCCGCCCAGACCCAGGACUCCAGUUGCCCCAUUUGCUUGUCUACGCCGGUAUCGCCGCGCAUGGCCCGAUGCGGCCACAUAUUUUGCCUUCCGUGUCUAAUCCGCUAUAUGCAAUCCACGGAUGAGGAGAGUCAAGUCCCUGAGAAGAAAGCGCGGUGGAAGAAGUGCCCCAUUUGCUGGGACUCGAUAUAUAUCUCGGAAACACGACCCGUAAGGUGGUUCAGUGGCCAGGAGGGAGUCCUUCCUUUUGAGGGCGGUGAUGUCGUCUUAAGAUUAAUGAAAAGAGAACCGCGCAGCACUCUCGCGCUACCCAGAGAUGGUGCCGAGAGUCUUUCCCCUGAGGAGGACAUUCCAUGGUACCACGUUGCGGAGGUCUCGGAUUAUUCCCGCAUCAUGAAGGGAGGAGAGGAUUACAUGAAUUCUCAGUACGAUUCUGAGAUUGAAGACCUCCGCAGACAGGAACAAGAAGAUGAGCUUUUAUUUGGAGCCGAGAACACCUGGACCCAAAAGGCAAUAUCUGCUAUCAAAGAUGCUAAGCGGAAGAUUGAAGGAAUUGGAAAUCCCCCAGAGGUCUCAUCGCAACCUAAUCCGAGUCGUUCACCACGGGAGCCGAUCGUCAUACAACAGCCACCAGACGACGUUGCCCUGAUGUAUACAUCACAACACGCGACGAAAUCUGGAAAGAGCCCGUCCGCAGUGUCUCCUCAGUUGUCAGGGACGUCCACCGCGCUGGAUCGAACGACGGAAGCGAUCAGCAGCAUCAGCUUGGGUGCGACAAACGGCAUCAAAUCUAAGCAAAAAGACUCUGGACCAGGCCGAGAUCCACUGCCUCAUGACCGCAAAAAGGGUGCAAAUUCCUCCCAUUCUCCUGACUAUCCAUUCUACUUUUAUCAAGCCCUGCCUCAAUUCUACCUUUCGUCUCUUGAUAUCCGCAUCCUCAAGGCUGCCUUUGGCGACUAUUCCUUGUUCCCAGCGACCAUCCUACCCCGAGUUGAACAUAUUUCAACCGGUCACAUCGUCGACGACGAGCUGCGCAAACGCGUGAAAUAUCUCAGCCAUCUUCCACAAGGCUGUGAGGUCAAUUUUCUCGAAUGCGACUGGAGAGACAUUGUUAUGCCGGAUAUUUUGGAGCAAUUCAGCACCGAAAUAGAGAAGAGAAGAAAGCGAAAUAGGGACAAAGAGGCGCGCGAUGAAAAAAAUCGAGUUCGCGCGGAAAAAGAGGAAGACGAGAAACGUUGGGCUGCAGCUCGCCGCAAGAGGUUGAGCAUGGACGCCAGUGAUCCCCCCUUCUCUGACCGCGACUUCCAGCCAUUGGCAAGUGGGUCUGCAGCUCUCGACCUGCCAGAUCUUGAAAUCGGGACUUCUAGCUCACCCCCUCAACCGUCUGCUCAGUUUGGUCCCUUGACUAGUCCCUCGACCAGUCCUCCCGGAAGUCGCACGGUCUGGGGAACAGCCGCCGUUACACCUUACUCUGCAUCAUCUCGUGUGGAAUUUCCUCCUGCCGUAGGCGAUGGCUGGCGCGAAGGAUGGGAGGAUGAGUUACUAGCUCAGCAGGAACGCGAAUUGAUAGCGCAGACUGCUCUUGACGCAAAUAGUCCCUCUUCUAACUCCAGUAGUAAGAAGAAGGGCAAGAAAAAUAAGAAGAUUACGCUGAUGUCUACUAAUAUUCAAAGGGGAGCUUAAGGCCGUCGUUUUAGGAUUUCCCGAUUUUUUUUUUUUUUUCUACAUCUAUUAUCUCUUUGCCUUCCCCAUCUCUGUACCUUUUUAACUGUCGUUUAACAACUGAAUGCGUCCUUCCCAAGCGCGAGUGGUGAGAUCAAGACAGUGUAUUCUUUCUUGGGCGUAGCAUAUGGACAGGAGUCGGGACGGGCGAUAUACUUGCGUGUCUUGAAGAACCAUACACAUAUACAGAAUAUAUAGUGAUUUUAUUUCAGAAUUUGACGGAUAUACACACAUCUGUAG